UCCUUGAUGCUAUCGAACAAAUCCCAAAGACCAAAGUCCCCGAACCCAACAACUCUCAGAAGUCUAAAACACCCUUUUUCUGCAGUUAACAUGUUUGUGAAAAAUCCCAAUUGAAAACCAAUACUGAUUUUCUAAGGUUUUAGUUCAGUUUUUCGUGUUGGGUUUUUGAAGAUGAAGAAGAUUAUGAUAGAGUUGAGAGAUUCGUUAUAUUUCCUUUGCUCCAUACAGUUCUGGAGAAUGGGAGUGUUAUGGACAUUUUCUAUCAUCUACUCUUACUUACAACUAUGGCUAAACAAAGUCCUGUUUCGAAAGUGUAAAUCCUACCCUCGUUGCUCUCUGAAACUAUCUCCAUCAGCUGCUAAGCGACCCGUCUGCGUCGUCACCGGGGCCACAUCUGGCUUGGGUGCAGCAGCUGCAUUGUCACUUUCCAAGGAGGGAUAUUACGUUGUUCUGGCUGGACGGAAUGCACAGAAGCUAUCUGAGGCAGUCAAAGAUAUCAAGCGUAGACAACCAGAUGCAUAUCUCAAAACAUUUCAGGUUGACUUAACAUCUUUUGAGUCAAUCCUGAUGUUUAAAAACUCACUUCAGCAGUGGCUUCUGGAUUCAGAUAUGCAUCCUUCUAUCCAACUUUUAGUUAACAAUGCUGGGAUAUUGGCAACAUCGCGAAGAUUCACAGCCGAAGGCUAUGACCAGAUGAUUACGACGAAUUACAUCGCUGCAUUUUCUGUUACCAAUCUUCUCUUACCACUGCUGAAAAAUAGCAGUGCUCCUUCUCGCAUAGUGAAUGUGACCUCGUUUACCCAUCGGUGUGUAUCUGGUAUAGACGUCUGCAGAAAGGGAUUGACUGGGAACGACUCCCUGGCAUCGAAAAGAUACCCUUGUGCUCAAGUUUACGAAUACACCAAGUUUUGCUUACUGAUGUUUUCUUUCCAACUACAUCGGCAAUUUUGCUUGGAUGGACAUUCUCAUCAGGUCUCUGUCAUUGCGGCAGAUCCAGGGGUAGUUGAAACAAACCUCAUGCGAGAAGUUCCUUCACAUCUUUCCUUUCUGGCUAUUCGCAUCCUUAAGUUGUUGGGCCUUCUUCAAUCUCCUGACAAUGGGGUUGAAGCUAUAAUUGAUGCAUCUCUCGCUCCUCCAGAAGUAUCUGGAGAAUACUUCUUUGGGGGAAAGGGAAGGGUGACAAAAUCAUCUUCUCUAUCUUAUGACCCCAAACUGGCAGAACAGCUGUGGACUACUUCCUCUAAUCUCUUUCUGGAACUUCAGCUUUCAUACAAGAAUCCGGCAGAAAAGGCAUAAGAAAAUUCAAUAUAAUGAUGGCAGCAUUGAAGAACAGUUGGAAUUGAAAAUUAUUUUUCUGCACAGAUCUAAGUCUAAGCUUGUUCUCCUAUCAGGUAAAAUUUAAUAUCAAGUAUAUACAUGUUGUAUUCAGAUCACAGAUUCAAAUAAGAUAGCUUGAUAGUUGAAGCAUUACAAUUCCAUAUUCAUGAAUUUCUGAUUUUUACUAUAGCAUAUGAUUGUUAGAUACAAAAUGACGGGGGUCAUUAUUUUCUUACUGUGAUACUUGGAUGACAAAAACUAGAAUACAAUCGAAAAUAUUUUGUUGAUAAUUUCAGUUUUGAACAUUAUAGAUUUUAUUCUUUUCGAG